AUGUCUGCCUACAGGAAUAAUGCUUAUGAGGAGGAUCCAGAUUAUCCUGACUAUUAUGGGUCUCAGAACCACGCUCGGGGGUAUUUGAAAACUCAGUAUUAUCCAGAUUCGCCAGGUCCUCUGAACAACUUGGAUGACCCCAGCACCAGGAGCAACCCAUACUCUGCAGACUCCAGAACAAGUCCAUACUAUCCUGAGUCUCUAGCAGAACCAGAUUAUCCUGGAUCUUGGAGUAAUCCAUACUACCCUGUCACCAGGAGCAAUCCAUACUCUGCAGGGUCCAGAAGUCCAGACAAUUCCAAAUCUUUGGCAGAGCCAGAUUAUACUGGAUCUUGGAGCAAUCCAUAUCACCCAGGCUCAUCCAGAGAGCCAGACUACUUUGAAUCUCAACGAAAUCCUGAUUUUGCAGGUUCCAAAGGCAGUGGAAACUAUGCAGGCUCCAGAACAAAUCCAGAUUAUCUUGACUCCUUGGGAGAACCAGACUACCCUGGAGCUCAGGGAAACUCUAACUAUUCUGGCCCCGGAGCCAAUUCCAACCAUCCAGACUCCAGAAGGAAUCCAGAAUAUGCUGGUUCCAGAAUCAGUCCAUACAUAGACACUCUGGGAGAGCCUGAUUAUCCAGAUGCUGAGAAUCAAUCUAACUCUCCAAACUUUUUGGGGGAACCAGACUAUCCUGGCGCUGAGGACUAUCGGAAUUCUACAAAGAUCUGGGGGGAGCCUGAUUACCCAGGUGCUGAGAAUGGUCAUGAUUAUGGCUCUUCAGAGAACCCGGAAAUGACCAGGGAAAUGCUCAGCAGAGCAUCUUCAAUCCAGCCCUCAUUUCACCGUGAGGGUGAAAGCCCCUUGGGCACUGGGAGAAAGGAUGGAGAUUAUCCUGAAAGCAUUGAAAUGAAAUCCAGGGAGAUGGCAAAUCCGUACAGCCCCUCUGUGCCAGGUGCUCCUGGCAAUGGCUAUGUGAACCCUGCUUAUGUGGGUGACAAUGGCCUCAGCCAAGCUUAUGGAGACCCACCCUUGUCUGGACAUGAUUGGCACAAGUCACCCCAAGGACAAAAGUUAAUCGCAUCUCUGAUACCCAUGACACCUAGAGACAGAAUUAAAGCCAUCAGGAAUCAGCCAAGGACCAUGGAAGAGAAAAGGAACCUUAGGAAAAUGGUUGACAAAGAGAAAAGUAAGCAGCCCCGUCGUAUCCUGGAGCUCAUCGGCUGUGCUCAGUGUCUGAAUUCCAUUUCAUUGGCAUACCGGAGAUCCAAGAACAGUCUGUCGGAACUGUUCAGUUCCAUCAGCCUGUGGCAGAAGACGCUCAAGGUCAUCGGAGGCAAGUUUGGCACCAGCGUCCUCUCCUAUUUCAACUUUCUGAGGUGGCUUUUGAAAUUCAACAUUUUCUUGUUCAUUGUGACCUUCAGCUUCAUCGUAAUCCCUCAGUUAACCAUGGCCGAGAAGAACCACCUCCAAUUCACUGGACUGGAAUUUUUAACUGGGGCUGGUUAUUUUAGCGACACAGUGAUGUACUACGGCUUUUACACCAGUACUACAAUCCGGCAUGGGAGUAGUGGGACCUCCUACAACAUGCAGUUGGCCUACAUCUUCACAGUUGGAGCAUGCUUGGUUGUCUGCUUUUUCAGUUUGCUCUUCAGCAUGGCCAGGUAUUUCCGGAACAACUUCAUUAACCCACACAUUUACACCAGAGGGAUUACUAAACUCAUCUUUUGCUGGGAUUUCACCGUCACUCAUGAAAGCGCCGUAAAGCUGAAACAGAAGAAUCUGAGCACUGAGAUAAGGGAGAACCUGUCAGAAAUCCGCCAGGAGAAUGUCAAGUUAACACUCAAUCAGCAGUUGAUUCGCUUCUCUGCCCGCCUGGCAGCCUGGGUUGUCUCUACUGGAGUGGCCAUUGCCUGCUGUUUAGCCGUUUAUUGCCUGGCUGAGAACAACUUAAAGUUCCUGGCGACCCACAGGAACCCCGGGGCGGUACUCUUACUGCCUUUCGGUGUGUCCUGCAUCAACCUGGUCGUGCCUCGUUUCUACUCCAUGUUCAGGCUGGUGGAGCGCUAUGAGAUGCCAAGGCAUGAAGUCUACGUCCUCCUGCUCCGAAACAUCCUUCUGAAAUUAUCAAUCAUUGGAAUUCUUUGUUACUAUUGGCUCAACAUUGUGGCCCUGGCUGGUGAAGAGUGUUGGGAAACCCUCAUUGGCCAAGAAAUCUACCGGCUCCUUCUGAUGGAUUUUGUGUUCUCUUUAGCUGAUUCCUUCCUGGUGGAGUUCCUGAGGAGAAUCAUUGGGAUGUGGCUUAUCACAAGUCUUGGCCUACAGGAGUUUGACAUUGCCAGGAAUGUCCUAGAACUGAUCUACGCACAAACUCUGGUGUGGAUUGGAAUCUUCUUCUGCCCUCUGCUGCCCUUUAUCCAAAUGAUUACUCUUUUCAUCAUGUUUUACGUCAAAAAUAUCAGCCUGAUGAUGAAUUUCCAGCCUCUGAGCAAAGCCUGGCGGGCCUCACAGAUGAUGACUUUCUUUAUCUUUUUGCUCUUUUUCCCGUCCUUCACCGGGGCCCUGUGCACCCUGGCCAUCACCAUCUGGAGAUUGAAACCUUCAGCUGACUGUGGCCCGUUUCGAGGUCUGCCCUUCUUCAUUCAGUCCAUCUACAGCUGGAUUGACACCCUGAGUAAAAGGCCCAGCUACCUGUGGGUUGUUUGGAUCUACCGGAACCUCGUCAGCAGCGUGCACUUCUUCUUCAUCCUCACCCUCAUUGUGCUAAUCAUCACUUACUUUUACUGGCAGAUCACAGAGGGAAGGAAGAUUAUGAUCAGACUGCUCCGUGAACAGAUCAUUAACGAGGGCAAAGACAAAAUGUUCCUGAUAGAAAAGUUGAUCAAGCUGCAGGAUAUGGAGAAGAGAGCAAGCCCCACCUUGUUUACGCCAGAAAGGAGAGACGUGGAGCAACCUGGUCCUCUGCGUGUUGGAGAGCAUGAUGCUGCUCGAGACCUGCGAUUUAGGCGAUCAGUUCAAGAAGAUAAUCCAAAGGCCUGAUAAUUAUUGUGGUACCCAGACACCAACCAAAUAAGGAAAGAAGAUAAAGAUGGAGCAGCUUCCUCCAUGACACCUGGGCCUUUAGGAGAUUCCCAGAUGGGAAAUUCAAGCCUUUAGCCGGGAGUGGAAACUGACUGCAAUGUAAAUACAGAAGUAAAAUUGGGCAUUCCCUGCUGUUGUUUUUACACCUGAAUUGCUGAUUUUUCCAGACAAAAUAUUUGAGAUUUUCCAGUAAAGACUGUUGUAAUAUUUGAACUACUUCACAAAAACCUGGGAAGAGUUGUAGUUUAAGAGAUAUGCACAUGAAUUAUUGAUCCUUAGAAAUCUCCACUCCCAGAACUCCCAGACCUGGCAAAGGUUUGGAGACUGGUGCUAAGACAAGUGGUCCAGUCUGAAUAAAAAUGUGACCCUCGAUCAGGGGUGUGAAGCCUCUGAAUUGUGGAACGUGCGUUUGUUCAUGACUUUGAACUAAAAACAUCCCCAUUUUUCCCAAAGGUGAAAAACAACCAGAGGGCUCGCCUAUGAACUUUACUGCACAUUGAGUACAUGAGUCUUUUGGAUUGGACUGGGGUGGGCAUGUGUGGACUGGGACUCUACCCCUGUGAGGUUUUAUACAUGAUCAUCAGUCUUACGUUGAACCAAACAUGAAAUCUGUGGUGAUGUGUGGAAUAUAUAUGUUGAAUACGUAUGUGU